AUGAAUCAGUUCGAUAGCCCGGACCGGGAAUACGGACUACUGCUGCGCCCUGCAUCGUACAACAACGGCCAGUCCUCUUUGGCCGGAUUGACAAGCUCGCAUCCCAUCUAUCACCCAGCUUACGGCACUGACUUUGCAUCUUCGCGCCCGGCAUCUCCGUCUUCAAUCUACUCCUGUGACGAGACCGUCUUCGCGGAUUGGCCUUACUUGUCAUCUGAUCUUCCUUCCGUCUCUGGUCAAAGCCAGCUGGAAUAUCUGAUUCCAAUGAAGCAGGCCGGCCUGUCUGUACGCUCUGGAAACGUCCGCGCCAAGGCGAAGGAUACCAUUGUGUCUCAAUGUCCACAAAGUGCCGAUUUGGUUGGUGUCGGCAGAAACAGCAUGAUCAGUGGCGAGAAUGAUGCAGCCAGGCUUGUCAAACACCGGGAGAUGGACUACGCGUUGAUGGGUAUUGAGAAGAGGGACGCCAUUGAGAAUAGAGACGUCAAGGGCAAGGGCAAAGCGGUCGAGUUGAAAGACCACCAGACUAUUAACCGCAGCCCCUUGAAGCUACCCCACGACCCUUCCCGUGGACUUGAUAUCACCUGGAAGGAUUACUGGACCGAGGACGAUGGGGGACGGUCCAACGUAGAGCGGGAGGAGCCGAUCUACGACUUGGACUACAACUACCUCGACCACGAUCUCGAUACGGAUCCCCCCCACCACGAGGGUCGGAUGAGCAGCAAAAGGCGAAGCAGAAGAGAAUAUCCCCCGUCCCCACGCAAAGCCCACAGCUCCGUUGCCUCGCCCUCACGCGGUCAGGAACGGACCGGCUCACCUGGUAACUACGCGGCAAUGAACAUUGAUGAGUUGCUGAGAGGCAUGGAGGCCGACUCAGACGACGACGACGAUACCGAGGAUGACAUCCCGUACGACAUGCCAAAGCUGCGGGAUUUCCGGGGCGCAGCGUUGCCCGUGGCUCGGCGUACGGCGAAGAGAAAGGCUGCUACCGAGAGCCCGGCCGGUCUUGGGCUUGGGCUUGGGCUUGGGCAUGGGCUUGGGCAUGGGCUGGUGCUGGGGCUGGAGGAGGGUCCGAAUGCGAAGAGACGACGCCAGACUGGAACCGGCGACAGGGAGAAAAAGAAUCCCCGAUCGCGCGCCCGCUGCGGAAUGAGUAACUUAUGUACUAACUAG